UUCCUCAUAGACGAACCAGAAUCCACUCUUCUCUCUAAUCAUCUCUCCCUCUCUCUCUCCCCCUCCCUCUCUUAAGAAAAAACCAUUCCGCCUAAAGAAAAGAAAAAAAAAAGAAAAAACUCGUCACUCUCUACAUUCACAUGGAGAUGGAGCCAGCAAGCACACCGGAAAUGGGCAAGAAACUAUGGCACAUAGUACGAGUUAUAUUCUACAUGGUCAGAAAAAGCAUAUCAAAGAGCAGAAUAAUGGUUGAUCUCCAUUUGAUGCUAAAACGAGGUAAUAAACUAGCAGAAAAAGCCAUAUGCAACCUCAUGUUCCACAACUACCACCACUCUUCUUUCAGUUGCCGCUCCAACGACGCACUUUCCUUCAUAUCCCCGCGAGAAUACGAGUUUAGCUGCAGCAACAGCCCGGCUAAUUUCAACCCUUUCUACACCCACAAACGCAAGCACCAACUCAACCUUUUUGCCAAGUCUUACAAGUAUGACGAUGUCACCACAGCUGCUGCUGUGCAAAAGAUGCUUGAAAUGUUAAACAAUCCUGAGGUAGCCAGCGCCGUUGAAGCAUCACCAUUGUCGCUGCCAGGAUUUGGAAAGAGUCCCAUGGUGAGGCAGUUGAGAAUAACUGACUCGCCUUUCCCACUAAAAGAUGAAGGAGACAGUCAAGUGGACAAGGCAGCUGAGGAAUUUAUCAAGAAGUUCUACAAGGACUUGAAGCUGCAAAAAACCGCUGCUGCCGCCCUUGAAUCACCGUACAAUGGCAUGUGGGGCAGAUAACAAUGUGCUUUUAGUUGAUAAUGUUUUCAUGGCUCUUUCUUGAUUUCUCGUUAAGGUUGCAUCUUCCAUAGGAAAGCGUUAGUGCAUAUCCUCCUUCUUCACAUACUUGUUCAGUUCUUCAAUUUGUCACUCAUCAUAAAAGAAUCUCACGAUCAUUCUCCAUCGAUCUUAACAGUUAUGGAACGUGUGAUCAGUACAAUGAUUUUCUUGUGUGACAAAAUAAUAGCAUCGAUCUGGGAUUACUUAAUUGAGAUGGGAUUUGGAUGAAGGCUUGACAGUACUUGUACUCUCAUGAAAAAUAUUUUCCAGCAAUAAUUAAUCAAAAUUUUGGUUCUCA